AUGUGGAUCGGCUGGUGGCUCUGGCCCCUCGUGGCCCUCUGCACCGGAGACCAGUUCCGGGAUGAGGCUGAGAGAAUCAUGCGGGGCACACCUGUCAUCGACGGGCACAACGACCUUCCCUGGCAGCUGCUAACCAUGUUCAACAACCAGCUCCAGCAAGAGAAGGCCAACCUGACGAGCCUCGCCCAAACACACACCAACAUCCCCAAGCUGAAGGCUGGCUUUGUAGGGGGCCAGUUCUGGUCUGCAUACACCCCUUGCGACACCCAGAACAAAGAUGCUGUGAGGAGGAUACUGGAGCAGAUCGAUGUCAUCCACCGCAUGUGCCAGAUGUACCCUGAGACCUUUGUGUGCGUCACCACCAGCACAGGCAUCCGGCAGGCCUUCCGGGAGGGGCGCGUAGCCAGUCUGGUUGGCGUGGAGGGCGGCCACUCCAUAGACAGCAGCCUGGGCGUCCUGCGGGCACUCUACCACCUGGGCAUGCGGUACCUGACCCUCACUCACAGCUGCAACACGCCCUGGGCUGACAACUGGCUGGUGGACACAGGAAAGGACAAGGCCCAGAGCAAAGGCCUGUCAGACUUUGGCCAGAGCGUGGUGAAGGAGAUGAACCGGCUGGGGGUCAUCAUUGACUUGGCCCACACAUCCGUGGCCACCAUGAAGGCGGCCCUGCGUCUGUCCAAGGCUCCCGUCGUCUUCAGCCACUCCUCAGCCUACAGCCUGUGCCGGCACCAGCGCAAUGUGCCCGACGAUGUGCUCCAGCUGGUGAACCAGACAGGCAGCCUGGUGAUGGUGAAUUUCUACAACAAAUAUGUUUCCUGCCAAGAGGAGGCGACCCUGUCCCAGGUAGCAGACCAUCUGGACCACAUCAAGAAGGUGGCGGGAGCCGGAGCCGUGGGCUUUGGUGGGGACUUUGACGGUGUUUCAAGGGUCCCCUCGGGGCUUGAGGACGUGUCCAAGUACCCAGACCUGGUGGCCGAGCUGCUCAGAAGGCAGUGGACAGAGGUGGAGGUCAGGGGCGCCCUGGCCGACAACCUGCUCAGGGUCUUCGAGGCAGUGGAACAGGUGAGCGAUCACACGCAAACUCCUGAGGAGGAGCCCAUCCCACUGGACAAGCUGGAGGAUUCCUGCAGGACCAAGUAUGGCUACUCAGAGGCCCCCAGCUUCCACCACCGGCCAGGGGCCCUGCUGGCCUCCCUCACCACCAUCCUCCUCGGCCUGAGUCUUCUUUGAUGCUCUGGGACCUGGACCUCCUGGGUCCCUACAGCUCUGGGGAGACUGUGGCCAACAGAGCAGGGAGAUUCCAGGAUGCUGCUCCCCACGCACAAGGCCUGGCCUCUCCUGAGCAGGUACCUGGGCUCACUUGAGGGCAGUAGGCUGUGGGCAGUGCCAGACACAGACACACAGCGGACCGUCAAUAAAGGCAACAACCCUU